UAUUUUAGAACAUAGCGAUUAACCACGUAACCGAUUGGCCGUUUGCGUAUAUUUGAAUUUGCGUUACUAACAUACGUGAAAUAGUGUACCUUGUUUUACAGCAUUCGGGAACUGCCCCUAAGUCAUAUUGUAGAAUAAAACCAGUUUAUACUGAGUUUGACAGACGUGUGUUGAUAAUAUAUCACGGGAAAUCAACUGAAUGGAUUUAAGAGUGUAAUAUGCCAUAUUUUUAUUAUAGUAGUGCAGGACGUAUCAUUUUAGUUCGAUAUAUCUGCCGUCAAAAUGAAUUCAGAUUUUACAAUUAAAAUUAGGUGUAUUACUACAAUACUUGUUCUGUUUCAGAUCAGAAGUUGUGAAAUAAUGGAUCGAACUAAAAACAGCAUUCUCCCAAAACAUCCACGAAGAGAUGGUCAAAGGCACGUUCAAUGACCUUGACAUUGUCUGUGAGAAUGGUACAACAAGCGCAAACCGAUUGGUCCUGGCCGCGAUGUCAUCUUACUUCCGGGCAAUGCUGACAUCAGAUAUGACAGAGAGUCGGACGGGCGUCUUAAAUCUGCCUACUGUCUCGGUGUCGGUAUUCCAAGAUAUUCUCAAGAUGUCUUUGUGUUCAGUGGAUGUUGUAAACGAAGACAACUUCGUCAAAAUGUUAGACGCAGGCGAACUGAUGCAGCUUGAUGACGUCAAAGAUCUGUGUCAUCGUUAUCUUAAGGAAAGUCUCGUGCUUAAUACUGAUAACUGUCUAUACUGGUGGAGACUUAUGAACCGCUACAAUGUUCCUGAUUUGUCCCACAGAGCAUUCUCUUAUAUGACAGAAAACUUGACCGACUUUGUUGAAAGAGAAAACAUUGUUCAUUUGUCUAAGUCAGAACUUAUAGAAAUAUUGUCUAAAGAUGACUUAAAAUGCAAGGAAGACAUAAUUAUGAAAGGUGUCAUGAAGUGGCUUGAAGCAAAUAACCCGGAUGCAGAUGACGUAAAACGUAUCUUUGAAAUGAUCAGGGUCGGACUUAUUGAUCCACAGUUUCUUAUUGAAAACGUAGUUUUUUCAGAACUCAUUUGCGGAAAUAAAUCUGUUCAGCAAAUGCUAAAAAAUGUGCUUUGUUCACGCGUUAUGACGACUGGUUCAAUCAGCAGAUCUGAUAGUGGAUGUGGGAAUGUUUUCAUAUUACAGUAUGAUAAAACUAGGAACACAAAUUCACUUCUGGCUUGUUUUACAUCAGAAGGGACAUGGGAAGACGUUCCACCUGCUCCAGUAGACCCUGGCUCUCGGUAUUCAGCAGCAAGUCUGGGUAACAAGAUCUACAUAACUGGUGGUAACAGUAGAACAAAAUGUACACUCGUCUACGACUUCUGUAGAAGAGAGUGGAAAACAGGUCCAGAGCUCGAAGAACAACGUCAUAAGCACUGUAUGGCUACAGCUAAUUCUAAACUGUAUGCAAUUGGUGGUAGGUACAGCAACACGAUUGAAGAGAUGAGCGAGAGUGACACGCGCUGGCAGGUUGUUGGAGAUUUGAAACAGAACAGAGAACAUGCAUUCGCUGCUGAAGUUGGACACAACAUUCUGGUGAUGGGUGGACGGAGUGGAGGAAGUGGAUCAGAUGUUAUCAAGUGUUUCAAUACAGCGACUCGCUGUGUAUCUAACCUCAGCUCACGUUUACCAAACAAAUCGGUGUAUCUGAGAGGUUCGGUUCACCUCCCUGAUGUAUAUCUGCUGGACUAUGAAGGAAAUGUGAUGCACGUCCAGGUCACUGACAGUGAUGGUGAAAUCAAGAUUCAAGUCAAGUCAACAGCGAAAUGGCGAUCAUUGAAAUAUUGGUUUGGCGUAUUAUUGCAGAAUGGAAGCUUGCUGUCCUUCAGUGGCCACAACACUAACUGUGAAAUUAGAAAAUACAACGUGGCUGAAGGGAAAGAGGACAAUAUUACUUUUCUAAAAUCAACGAGAACUGGUUCUGCGUAUGGUGUUCUGCCAGUGUCUCAUAAAGCAUAACAGAUUUUGGAUCGAGUUCAUUCUGGGACAUAACAUUGUUUGUGUAUUUAAUCUGAUUGAUCAAGUGGGUGUCUACCUAUUAGGAUAUCAGGCUUUAAAUUACUAGCAGUUUGAUGAAUUUGGUCACAAAACCUGUAGAGAAACUGAAAUUUGAGUUAACCAAAAAAAAACAAAUAAAAAAAUAAAUAAUCAAAAUUAAAACUCCUUAAAGAAAUGUAUUCAAUUGUUUCUCGAAUUAUCUUUUUUGAUGGACUAAUGAAAUAUAUUCACUGAAAUCAAUUUUAAUUCGUAUAUUUGGCGAUUUUUAUGAAAAAGGCUAAAAACUGGGUCGGGCACUUCACCUAUUUUAGUUUGUAACUGGAUUAUGGCUGCGAAGCUAUAUUUAAUUUGCCUAGUUCUAUGUAUUUUCAAAAUUGGCUGUCACUAGUCACUGUAUUAUAAUAACAUUUACUAAUGCAAAAUACAAACAUAACAAGACUUUGAAUAAACUCGAGCUGCCGCACGUCUUAACAAUUAACGUACAUCGUAAAAAACGUCUUGUCAUUUUGAAGACAAUAUUAAUGCAAAUGUACCUUCUCAAUUAUUUCUCUUUAUUGGAUUGGACCCAUCGCAAAGAGAAAAAACAACACUCAAUCGCGCUAUAUGUAGUAAGAUCUUUUAAGAGUGACUAUGCAACACAGUGUACUUUGUGCAUUCACACAGGUAUAAAUUCAGUGUUUAACGUAUGUGUAUAAUCAAAUAAUUAAUGUGCGUAAUCAAAUAAUGUGUUUUUGGUUUUGUGCAUAAGAUAUUGACCAAGUGGUUAUAUCUGUGAAUGGUUUUCAUGUUGGUGUAUGUCCUCCUUUUUUAAAUUUAAAAUUAUCAGUAACACUAAACAUUAUGUUUUGUAUGGAAGGAGGAGAAAAAAAAAAAGUGAUUUGAUAAGGUGUGUCAUUGAUAUGGAUCACAAUAAAGUUAAGUUUUGUUUUGUUUAACGACACAACUAGAGCACAUUGAUAUGUUAAACAUCGGCUACUGGAUGUCAAACAUUUGGUAAUUCUGACUCGUAGUCAA